CUGCUGAUCUGUUCUCUCCUCCGCGAAUUUCUUGACACGUUUUGAAUACGUUCGGAAUAUUCUUUAUUUUUGUUCGUCAAAAAAUCCGCCUGUAGGAUCCCGUAGGAGGACAUGCCCGACCUGAUACUCGUGGCGCCGUCUGCGCCGCCAAGGUUGCUGCCCGCGCCGUCUUCUUGGCCUUCGGCCGUCCACUGCCUCGCGGGGGCUCACAGAGCGGGCACCACGGGCGUGGCCUACACCAUGCAUGCCGCGGACCUCGACCACAAGACCGCCAUCGCCGCGUGCAAGGCCUGCCGGCCCAUCGUGGACCCGAUCGGCGACCUGACCUCGCUGCUGGCCACGCUGGAGAGGGAGCGGGAGGCCGCCAAGGCGAGCGCGAAGGCGGAGCGGGCCGCCGAGGAGCCCCCCGACCGGGCGGCGGCGCAGGCCGCCGGCGCCAGCGGAGGGGGCCUCGGCGGCGGGCCGUGAGGGCGCCGAGGGGGACCUGGUGCCCACGCUGGUGGCCCUGGCGCUGGGCGACCGGGGGGGCGCUGCUCCGGUGUGGGGCGCCGCGGGCGGGGCGGGGCGGAAGCAUCAGAUCCGGGCGACUGCAGCGGCGGCGAGCACCCCCGCCAAGGACACGAAAGCAAGAAUUGAACCUGCCCGGGCGGCGCCAACAGGUCGCGCCGCGGGCAGUCUGUCGUCGUUCCGGCCUCCGGGAGCCGCUUUCCAGCCCGCUUCUGGCCUCUGGGAGUCCUGAAGAGAAAGAUGGCCCAGGCUCGGGAUGGAGAUCCAGGCCUGGUGUUAAGUCGGGCAGGUCCCUCUAAAGGAG